AUGCAAUCCUGCUGCUCUGCCUCUGCUCCUCUGAGUCUGUUCAUGAAUAGAGUCCUUUAUGCAAGAGAAGGUGCUAAGGGUAUAAUGGAUAGAACAUUUGUGGAUUUUCCUUGGCAAGUUCGAGUUGAAGUAGAUGGUGUUGAGAUAGAGGUCCUGAGGAUGCCGAAGGUGCACUUGUUGCAAAUAUUGGAAGCUACAUUGGCGGUGUAG